GGAGAAGGGUGGGAGGAGGAUGGCACUGCCUCCCAGUCCGCCUCUAUGAAUCCCAGAGCCGGGUGGUGCUGGAUCUGGGGGCGCAGGGCCAGGCUCCACACUCUGCCCUCGGACCCUACAGGCCGGACUGCCGCCUGCGUGACCUGACCCUUCGCCCCCCAUGCCCCGCCGCCCUCACGAUGCCGAACUAUCCGCCCUGGCGGCUGCUACUGCUGUUCUCGCUGUGGGGGCCACUGCUCCGGAGGGCGGAGGUGAGGACCCGAGGAGCCAUAGGACUUCAAGGCUUGUUGGGAGGUCUGGGGACGGUUUUAAGGCUUCCCCCACUGCAGAGAGAGUUUUAAGACUGCCCCGCUUGCCCAGGUUCAAGUUUUGAUGGUUGUUUCCAGUCUCUUCUUUGCUUUCCAAUUCUCCGGAUGAUUUCCAGCCACUUCUUCCCCAAAUUUUCCUGAAGGUUUUCAGUCCCCCACAGCAACUCCCUUUACUGGUUUCUAGGCACCCCUCAAGACUUAAAAGAGGUUUCUAAGCCACCCAAGGUUCCCGGGCAAAAUAGGGCAGCCCCUCCAAGUCCCUCUAGAGUGUUUCUGGCGCACACCAAUCAAGCUGCCUGGGAGCAGGGGUCGGUCGGGGGGUCCUCCCUUCUCUCUUUUAGUAGACAGGCUCUGAGGGGCAGACGGCGGGGGAGCUGUACCAGCGCUGGGAACGGUACCGCAGGGAGUGCCAGGAGACACUGGCGUCCGCGGAGCCCCCAGCAGGCCUCGCCUGUAAUGGGUCCUUCGAUAUGUACGUCUGCUGGGACUACGCUUCACCCAACGCCACUGCCAGUGCGUCCUGUCCCUGGUACCUGCCCUGGCACCGCCGUGUGGCUGCCGGCUUUGUCCUCCGCCAAUGUGGCAGUGAUGGCCAGUGGGGACCUUGGAGAGACCAUUCUCAAUGUGAGAACCCAGAGAAGAAUGGAGCCUUUCAGGACCAAAGACUGAUCUUGGAGCAGCUGCAAGUUGUGUACACUGUGGGCUACUCCCUGUCCCUUGCCACACUGCUGUUGGCCCUGCUCAUCCUGAGUGUCUUCAGGCGGCUGCACUGCACUCGCAACUACAUCCACAUCAACCUGUUCACGUCCUUCAUGCUGCGCGCGGUGGCCAUCCUCACCCGAGACCGUCUGCUGCCUCCACCAGGCCCCUACCCUGGGGACCAGGUCCCUCUCCUGUGGAACCAGGCCCUAGCUGCCUGCCGCUUGGCCCAGAUCGUGACCCAGUACUGCGUGGGCGCCAGCUACACGUGGCUGCUGGUGGAGGGCGUCUACCUGCACAGCCUCCUGGUGCUGGUGGGAGGCUCCGAGAGGGGUCACUUGCGCUGCUACCUUCUCCUCGGCUGGGGGGCCCCCGCACUUUUCGUCAUUCCCUGGAUGAUCGUCAGGUACCUGUUCGAGAACACGCAGUGCUGGGAGCGGAACGAGGUCAAGGCCAUUUGGUGGAUCAUACGCACCCCUAUCCUCACGACCAUCUUGAUUAAUUUCCUCAUCUUUAUCCGCAUUUUUGGCAUCCUCGUGUCCAAGCUGAGGACGCGGCAGAUGCGCUGCCCAGACUACCGUCUGAGGCUGGCUCGCUCCACACUGACGCUGGUGCCCCUGCUGGGUGUCCACGAGGUGGUGUUUGCUCCUGUGACAGAGGAACAGGCCCGGGGCACCCUCCGUUUUGCCAAGCUCUGCUUCGAGAUCUUCCUCAGCUCCUUCCAGGGCUUCCUGGUCAGCGUCCUCUACUGCUUCAUCAACAAGGAGGUAGGGAGAGCCCCGGCCUGCCGCCCACGCCCUCUGGCGGCCACGCAGGGAACGGCGCUCCUGGCGCCGCCUCUGAGCGCCGUCCGGUUGCAGGUGCGGUCGGAGGUCCGCCGCGGCUGGCGCCGAUGCCGCCUGCGCCGCAGCCUGGGCGAGGAGCAGCGCCAGACCCCGGAGCGCAACUCCGGAGCCCUGCCCUCCGGCUCUGGGCCCUCUCGGGUCGUCACCGGCCGCGCCUUCUCCUCGGAGCCCCUCCCGGGGUCUGGGGGUGAGGUCGAUCAAGUCAUGGAAAGUUCCUGCUAGGCAGCGGGAUUCCUCUGCCUGUUCAGUUAGCACGUAUUUACUGAGCACCUACUGUGUACCAGACUCUGAGUGGAGGGCGCUGGGGAAAUGGGGGAUAGGGUAGGCGAGGAAACAGAAUACAAGGUCCCUGACCUCCUAGAGUUCACAACGGAAUGGGGGAAACAAACGUUGAAGACAAAACAUCAAGUUAUAUAUACACUGUGGAAGAGCUUAUGAAGUCAGAAGAGCCUGGGGUGGUCCAGGAGGGCAGCUCAGAGGGGGUGACAUUUAAGCCAUGCCUGCAAGAGGUGAAGGACACAGCUCUGGAGAAAAUGGUGGACAUGAAUCUAGGCAGAAAGAACAGCAUCUGCAAAGGCCCUGGAGCAGAAAGCAACUUAGCCCUGUGUGAGGAAGAGAGGCUGCCUGUGUCACUGGAGUGAGAUGAGUCAGAGCCAACAGAUGCAGGGAGAGAGAAGUGGGCAGGGGCACAAGAGUUGGGAUUUUAUUCCAGGUGGAGAUUCUUAGAAGGAGCAUCACAUGGGCUAAUGUUUUAAAGAGAUCCCUCUGCCACGUAAGUGAACGGAUUAUUAGGGGCAGGGGUGGGACAGUGAGGAAGAGACUGCAGGCACAUGAUGGUGGCAGCCACAGAGGCGUGUGAAGCAGUCAGAUUCUGGAGCUGCUUUAAAGAUAGAAUUGAGGCUUUGCCAGUGCAUCACAUGAGGAAAGUGCACCAAGGAGAGAAGCCAAGACUUGCAGGUCUGGAAUGGAGAGAGGAGAUAGAUCAGGUUCAGGGUGGGGAAACCAAGAAGCUCUUUGGACAUGUUAAGCUGGGAAUAGAGCCUGGAGCUCGUGGGAGGGGUUAGAGUUGGAGAUGAUGAGAGUGGCACCAGGGUCCAGAAAGGAUUUGGGACAUAUGAACACAGGUAGUUCAGGGCAGGCCUCAGAGCUGAAACCUGACAUCCAGAGGCCAAGACCACUGCCAGCUGGGGAGAACCUCCCUCCUGAAUCCUUCCCCCACACAGAUAUACACCCAGAUUCAAUAAGUACCCUGAUGUUAUGUUCUUUGGGGUCCCCAGCCCCCGAACAGAUGUGCCUCAUAGCAGCUGAACUCAGAAUCCUUCAAGCAUGUGCCCUACUGGGUACCCCCUUCUGGGUUUGAGGUGGGGGUAGGGGCUCUAAGGCAGGGACCCUGUAAAAAAAGCAUGGGGAACAGUUGUUUUUUGUGUGGGGGAGGUGGGAGAAUCUUCUUGGCCAGGCCAUAAAGGGAAACGAGACGGCCUACAUGGCCGGUUGCCUGUGAUGGGCUGGCCACUUCUGGAGGGUAAUACUGCUCUUCAGCCACAUGCUGCCAUUGUCCCCUAUGCUUAACAGAAACCCCAGUGGAAAUGUUCAUGUGAUCUCCUGAUGCUUCAGUAUUUGCAAUGUAUACAAUUAAAAUUAUACGUGUGUGUGCCAAACAUCUUCCAAGGGCUGCUUCUCUAGAAAGGGUAGUAUAGGAAUAGUAAAACUACAGAAACCAGACUGGUUCAGAUCUUAGUGUGGCUAUAUACUAGUUGUAUGACUUGUGGAAAAUGCACACCUCUCUGCCUCCGGUUCCCCUCGAAAAUGAGUAUAAUAACAGUACAUGUCCCAGGGCUGCCCGAGAUUCUGAUGAGCUAGUUAGGACGCUGCCGGUGUCUGGUACACGCACAGCCAGUCUGCUAGUGCUUUUCCAGAAACCUUUGCUUUCACCUUCACCCAGUGAAGAAUGACGUGAUUAGAAACCAUUUGGGCAGUGGGAUGGGUGAAGAGGUGAGGGAGGAAAUUCAGAUUGAUGCCAAGCAGGGUGCCCCACACUGGUAUCUGCUGCAAACCUGCAAGGUAGUAAACCCAUUCCCAUUUCCUGGGGGAGAAGUCAAUGACCAGUGGAAGGCAGGCUAGGGAUUCCACCCCAGGACUGACUCCAGGGCUUGUGCUGUCCCAGCUCCUGUACAAGAACCAAACCCCAGGGGGAGUCUCCUAAGGCAGCACCAUCGCCCACCUCUAAUCAGGAGAUUGUGCUUCCAUCCUGCUCCUUGGCAAUCUGCCUGGGUUUGCACUCAGCUCCAUCAUUUCCUGAGUGACCCUGUGCACAUCACUUACCCUCUCUGGGCCUCAGCUGUCUCAUCUGUAAAAGGGGAUGGCUCUAAUAUCUACCCCCAAGAUGGUUGCUGAUUAGAUGUGCACCACUCAGUAAAUGUGUGCCUUUAUAACCUCACAGAUGUCACCCUGUCUGUGUCAGGCCUUCUCCUGCUGCAAGGUCCCUAGCUCUGUCGCUACUAGGCUCAUGGGGUCAGACAUCUCCUUUGGUCCUCACCUCAGGCCUGUGAACACUUGCCCUCGCCUGGAGUUUGGUUCCUAUUUGGAAAACAGAGAUAAGAGACGUAGGCAUAGACAAACGCAGACAUGGGUGGGCAACAUCGCAGUGUGCCGGCAUCAGAGCAAGACAGGAUCUUCCUUAGUUCCCCAACGUGUCAGAUUUCUCUCAAGGGUAAUUAAGUUGUAAUUUGAGGGCAGAACUCAGGGGCUAAGCCACAAUCACAGCA